CAACCAGGGUUGUACCAGUCAUUUCUACGAUACAUUUAGUCUUGUAAGGUGUGUUUUGCCUCUAGGGUACAGCCCCAGCAUUAUUAUACCGAUGGUCCAGCAAUCUACUGCUGUACACCGAACACGGCCGUUUUUUUUUUUUUUUAGAUGCACGCGAUAAUGGUGCUCGCUGCUGGGGGUGGAAAGUGACAGUCCCGUUCACAACUUGCACAGGAUAACAGGGUUCGGCCGUGCUGCUAUAGGGCAUGGGCCGCGCGUCAUCCGUGGGCGGCGGCGGUCGACUAUCCGGUCUACUCGGCGGCCGCGGCUCUGGCAGUGCCUCGGCCGGUGCCCCCUCCGGGUGGCCUGGCGCUGGUUCUUCGGAAGGUGGCGGGUCAACCAGUGGUGUGUCAUCGGAUCAGAGCGCAGGAAGACACCAGGCUAAAUCCAGACAUGUGUCGACUGGCAUCAACGGCAACGAGAGUUCAGCUUCUGGUACAUCACACAGUGGCGGUACCAGGUCCGGUGGUCCCACGGGCGGUGGUUCCACUUCGACCGGGGCGAGCACCACGACCUUCCGCACCCUGGGUAAGCGCUCUGUUCAAGAGCGCCACAACAGCGAGGAGUGCCACGAGACGGGCAUUGGCGGGGAAUCAACCAUCAACAUGGAUAUGUCCGGACAAAACCUCUUGACGCGCUUGACACUGCGCUGGUGCCCAAGGCGGCGAAGGCCGCGCUGUUGGGCCUUUUGCUGCAGCUCAUCAGCCCCAACGUGGCCAACAUGCUCGGCGGCGAGUCCUCCAAGAAGACAGUGAGUGGGCCCCGGCGACAAGACU